UUUGAUGCCUCUCCUCCAAUUACGAUGCUCGUUUGUUUUUUAUUGCAGCAGCUGCUGAGAACACGACGGGGGACUCUUGAGAUUCGGCGAUCGAUCUGCACUUUUGCUCCUUUUUCGGCACUUUUGAUCCCAAACAGGGGAGAAAUCGGUGAAAUUCGCAACGAUUUCCGCACCUACGUAGCGUAAAUCUGACAACUAAGCCUCUGUCUGGGACCUGCCACGCCCACCAACAUGGCAUUCGAUCCGGGCGACGCGGUUUCUCGCUCGCUGAAAAUGAUGGAUAACUUUUACAUUGCGAUGAUGCAGAAUAACAUAUUGAAAAUCCAGACGUUCCAUUUUGAAUGUUUCCCUGCGAUUUCUGAAGAGUCUUACUUGAAGUUUUGUGACCACUUGAAUGCUCUUGCUUUUGAAGCUCAGCAAAUUAGAGAUUGCAUCUUUAGCAUUUCAAAAGUAGACGCUUGCUGCCAAACAGAAAAUACCGUCAAUACCAUGUCAAAUUAUACUCGAAAGAUUCUCUCUGCACCACCACUUAAAAUAAACCCGACAAUCAAACCAGAAACGCCCGUGGUGAUUUCUGAAGACGAGGAGCCACUCGGCACCAAAAGGUCGCCAAACAAAAGGGACGUUUUGACUUGCGACUAUUGCGAACUCAAAUUCAACUCGCUGGAGAAAAUGCAGCAGCACGUCAACUUUUCUCACUCGGAAGAUUUUGUAUCAAUUUUUUACCCAUGUCAGAGCUGCAGUUUGAUUUUCCUGUCGCUCGAAGAACUGCAUGAGCACUCUUUGUGCGUCCACGAUGCUUCCGAAGACAGGCAGGACGCCGAGGUGCAGGUGUGUCCGUACUGCAGCGAGGUCAAAUCGACCUGGUUGGAAUUCACCACUCAUCUCGAGCAGCAGCACCAAAUUUUGGUCUGCAAAACGUGCCACAUGUUUUUCACCGAUCUGAACUCUCUAAAGGAACACGUUCAGAAAUCGCACAUGUCCGGCAUAACGAAGGAAAAGUUGAGAGAAAUGAGCGUGCGUAUCGUGGAGCCCAAACCUGUGAACAAGGUGCCGGUAAACAAAAGACCCUUCGAUGAUAUUUCAACCGUCAGAAAGAGGGGCAGACCAAGAGGAUCGGCCUUGCUGGCAAAAUUGGAAAAUUCUGAGUUGGUGAAAUGCCACUUCUGCAGCGCCAGGUUCAACAGUGAGGAGAGCCUGCGGAAGCACAUAGUCUACAAACACGACACAGGGGAAUUGGAGUGCGCCGAGUGCAAACUCAAAUUCAAGAGAAUUUCGGCUUUCGAGAACCACAUGCGCCUGUUUCACGACAACGUCAGAGAAGUCAAAUCUGCUUUUGCAAAGACUCCGACAGAGGCCAAGCAGAGCAGCCAAAAUAAAGUGCUUGUGAAGAAGGAAGAGAACAAAAAGCAGCAACUCGGCUCUGUUUCAACACCCAAAAGCCAGGCAAAACCGAGUUGCGAAAUCUGCGGGGAAAUGUGCAGCCGUGUCGAGGACCAAGGAAUUCACAAAGACUUCCACACCACUUUAGUACCUGAUAAAUUUUUGUGCCUUUUCUGCAAAGAACCAGCGAUGUCCCAUAAAGAACUGAAAACACAUAUCAUGUCUGAGCAUCGAUAUCGCUGCCCGUUUUGUGCGCUCACUUUUUGGUGGAAAGCAAAUCUAGAAGGUCACUUGAAACAACUGCACCGGGCAAAAACCUGCUGCAUUAUGUGUGGCAUUAAUUUAGAGGGCGAUGAACUCAGGCAGCACAUCAUGGUCAACCACACCGCUAAAAAGUUUUACUUAUGCAAAAUUUGUGAUUCGGAACACACCACGAUCAAGGGCAUGCGAGAGCAUGAAUUAGACCACGCCAAAGACCCUCUGCGCCCACCUACGUGCGAUUUUUGUGGUGCAUAUUUUGGAACAAAAACAAGUCUACGAGGCCACAUUUUGCGCCACAUGUUUGGCUCUUUUAGUUGUUCUCUGUGUGGGUCUCAGUGCCAAACAGAAGAUGAACUCAAGGAGCACAUGGGCGACCACCAAAAAAGUCAAUUUGCGUGCAUGUGUGGUGAAUAUUUUCAGACUAAGAUGGAUUUGCAGACUCACAAAAAGAUCACUCCUUGCAAACCGUUCUUCAAUCAACCAAUUCAUCGCGCAGACCUAUUUGUCGAAGUGUGUAUCGAAGAAACUGAGCAGAUCUUUUUAGACACUCCACCGACAAUUUUGAAAGUGGAAACAGAAGACGAGCAAUCGGAGGACAUUUAUCACAUUAACAUUGCUGAGACUCCGGCAAGCAUUUCUAAAAACUUCCUUGGGUCACUUGCUACGGUAAACAAGGCCAAUCAAAUUGUGCUGCCGAGGCAACCAAUUUUGAUUCUCAACGCUGCUGAAGGCGCUGAGGCGACGCUUAUUGAAAACAAAGCACCGGGAAUCAUGUCCUGGGUUGACAAUUCGGAAGGUGCAAGUGCAAAUGGUUGAAUAACGUCAUGUAAAUUUACAAAAUUAAGAGAAAUGUGAUACUAUUUUUACAUUUUACUGGCGAAGAGUUUUAAUAAAAAGAGUUUGUUAUAA